CUCAAGACAUUCAAGACACAUUAACAAGCGUAAAGGCUCACAUAUUGUUCAAGAUGCUGCAAUUGUGCACAGUUACUGACUGUCUAUUGAUCAGUAAUGCACGGUCAGCCUGUAAUGAUGAACUGAUCCAGACGGAGGCGAUCACUUUCUGUAUCAAUGUGUCUAAACAGCAGCCCUUUCCCUCUUCACGGGUCAGCACUUUGCGUGUGCCCGUCUAUGAUGACCCUAAUGAAGACCUGUCCAAAUAUUUUGACCGCUGUGCUGAUGCCAUAGCAAGCGAGGCUCAGAGGGGUGGCCGCACCAUUGUGUACUGCAAGAAUGGACGCAGUCGCUCAGCUACUGUAUGUGUAGCCUAUUUAAUGAAGCACCAAGGACUCACUUUAACGGAUGCCUUUCAGGUCGUGAAAAGUGCCCGGCCAGUGGUGGAACCUAACCCAGGAUUUUGGACUCAGUUGGAGCUAUAUGAACAGGAGCUGAAGAUCCAGAGGUCAGCCAGGAGACGAUCCAAUCCUUCUUCACUUUAAAGAGUAAACAUUCCUUGAUUUUUAAGGUCCUGCACUAUUAUUUUUUCAUAAUAGGCCAUUUUCUUACCUAACUUCUUGACUGACAAAUGAUUAGUUUCGGCGAAUCAUCUGUCUAAUCCCAUCCUUUCCGCCAGCCUACUCUGAUCUGAUUGGUCAGAUGGUCUAGUCUGCUGUGAUUGGUCUGUCGCAAAUGUGUUUGGGGGAGAACAGUGAAGUUUUUGCGGGCAGUCCUAGCAAAACGUAGGCGGAGACUAUAUGUAGUGAUGUGAAUCCGCAGUGGUUCAGGAAACGGACUAGGGCACGACUCGUUUGCGUUAUUCAGAAUUUACUCCCUUUUUUUCCAAGCCAAUUACUUUGUGAAUCAUUCUCCUUCGGCUUUACAACUUGGCAGACUGCUUACAUUCACACAUGGCAACAUUACAUGAUCUCGUAAUAUGUACUCUUUAACUUGCCACCAAUAUUUACUUUGUACCUGUUCUUAGAAUUAUUUUUAUUGGUUUCUAUAUCUAAGGCCCAGACACUUUAUUGUGUAGCGUGUUUAAACUUAUUUGUCCCUUUAAAUUAGGAUAUGUGCCUUAAAUUAUUAUCCUCAGGUUUUGUUAUCCGGCAGUUUUAUUUUAUUAUUUUUCUUGAUGGAAGGAUCACUGGUAAAAAGUUAGCUGUUUGUAAAGCCAUGGAACUCAGGUCAUACAUUGAACAUUGAAACUCUGUCAACCUUGACAGAUGUAAGUAUGGACUUCAUAUGCGAUAAAGACUGCUCACAAGGAUAUAAGGAGGUUAACACAGCUCAUCCAUAACGUUUCACAGUUUACUCAGAGUAGUGAUCGUGGGAGGAGUUACAAAUAGGCUGGAUUUUAUUAAAGGAGUAGUUCAUUUUCAAAAUAAAUGUUCAUGAUAAUUUACUCAACCCCAUUUACUAUUUUUUUAAAUGUAUAUGCUUUAUAAACACAAAUGCUUGUCUGGGUCUGUUCUGUGAUGCGUGUUCAUGAAUUCCCCUUAUACGUAAUAACGUUGAAAAGAUAACGCUUUUUUAAUAUUACAACACCCACAAAACGCACACGAAAUUACCAUUUUGAACAAUAAACGGACACAAAGACAUUUGAAUAUGUGUCAUCGAACAUCCAACAACUUUUGAAUGGUCCUCCAGGUUUGUAAACACUGACUCAGUACUUCCACCUUCGUCAAGCAUGACCUUUUUUAACGUGAUUACGUAUAACGUGAAGUCAUGAAUGCGCAUAGCAGAACAGAGCAAGACAAGCAUUUGUGUUUAUAAUUAUAAAGCAUAUAUUUUUUUUUUUGUUGAAAAUGACAGAUCGUUUCGCAAGACAAGGCCCUUAUUCAUAGUCUGGUAUCGUUUAUAGCCCUUUGAAGCUGUAAUUUUUACCUUUAACCAUUUGGAGUCCAUUGAGGUCCACUAUAUGGAGAAAAGUCCUGGAAUGUUUUCAUAGAAAACCUUAAUUUCUUUUUGACUAGAGAAACAAAUACAUAAACUCAUCUAAAUAAUCUUGGAUGAUAUAGGGGUGAGUAGAUUAUCAUGAAAAUUUAUUUUGAAAAUGAACUACUCCUUUAUGGAUGGCAGGAGGUAGAGACAGUAGUGAAAAGAAUAUUAAAAAAUACAUUUUCAUCGUAGUUUAAAGUUUUGUUACAAUUUUUCAAAAUGCAUCAAUUGAAUAUACAAUAUAACGAAACAAAAAGAUUUUUUAUAAGCAAAGCAAGUUCAAUGCAACGUGAAGUUACGGCCAUGGCAUGAUACAAGUUUCAACCAAUAAAGACUCCGUAACAAAAAUGUCUUUACAUUGAUACAAAAAUAGUAACUAUGCCUAUUCUUGUAUUUUAAUUUCAGAAAUCGCAAUUUCUCUAACCACUGCGAGCACUGCAGUUUCUAUUACCAAUUAUUAAAAAAAUCAAUCAAUGAUGUUCUGACAUUUUGUGCUACCAUCCUAUUGUGUUGCCCCUUCACAUGAGAAAGUUUUAGGUUGGGGGAGGGGGUUAGUCUUUUAUUCUUUUUUACAAAAUCUCAAAAUAUUCCGCAAAAUAUUUAAUCUCAAAAAGAUUUGUCCAGCAGGGGGCAGUAACGGAUUGUGUAUGGGGCAUUGUGAAAUCCUGUGAAGAAGCAGUGUUCUGCGCAAGUGAAUGCUAUUGUGUGCAUGUCUGAAGCUGUGAUGGGUCCUCAAAAGAGUCAUCUUUUUGUUAGUAUCCCAAGAUACUACAACUAUGGACAUUGAACCAAAACUACAACAUGCGACAUUAAAUGAACCAAUCAAAAUCCUCUGGGGGUUUGCAUGGCACAAUUGCGGUUUAAAUCCCUCCCAGUUGCGGUUCGAGCAAACUAAGCAAGAAACAUAAAGCGCAUUCUAUUUCCAUCAUUCGAAAUACAUAAUAAAUUAUUUUGACAUCUUUUAGUUUGUCAUGAAAAAACAAGCGCUGUUUUUUUUAAAGUGCGCAUGCGUACGUGCACUAGGACCCGGGGGAAUGUUGCUUUAAGUAAGAGAAAUAGUUGAAUAGUUAUUAUAAUUUUGUGUGCUUUUCAGACCCACACAGGUAAAAAAAAACGAAAGUUCUUCCACUCCUCCAAAACAGAGGCUCUUUCCACAGACAGGACAUUCUUCAGAUAUAGAUAGAUAGAUAGAUAGAUAGAUAGAUAGAUAGAUAGAUAGAUAGAUAGAUAGAUAGAUAGAUAGAUAGAUAGAUAGAUAGAUAGAUAGAUAGAUAAAUGCCUUUAUUGUUAUUGCAUUACAAUGAAAUUUUGUGUAUGCCCUUACAGCUACAUACCCAUCACACAACCAAUAUUUGACAUAAAUACAUAUGUUCACAAUCAAUUCAGAACUUCAGUAAAACUGCACUGUAUAUUGCACAUAAAUGAAUGCAGGUGUACAUCAUAAAUAGAGUGGAUGUCCUACAAAAUAAGCUAUAACAAUUGAAGGUACAGAAACAUUAUAUAUGUUGAAUGGUCUUUGGGUACAAACUGUUCAUAAAUCUAGAGGAACAAGCUUUUAUUGACCUAUAUCGUACCUGAGGCCACGAGGUCAAAUACAGAGUGGCCAGGAAGGUUACGGUCUGUUACAAUAUGUUUAACUCUAGAAAGGUAACGAGUGUCCACAAUCUCCUGAAGUGAAGAAAGAGGGCAGCCUAUAAUGUUCUGUUCUGUAUGAUGACCCUCUCUAGUGGUUUCUUGUCUCCUGCUGAACAGCCUGUAUACCACACUGUGAGGCAGUAUGUUAAAAUGCUCUCUAGUAUGUUAAAAUGUUCUCUGAAUUUGAGUAAUGUGCUGGGAAACAGUCAUGCGUGUAGAGUGAGUUCAGCAAUGGGCUCAACACAGAACACCGUGGGGAGCCAGUGCUGAGUGUAAGAGUGGUGGAACGAUGGAAACAAUACUGAACAUGUUGAGGACAAUUUGUGAAGAAAUGAAUGCGUUAAUCUAAGAGUAUAUUAUUGACCAUUGAUUGUUUGUUUGCCUUAUUUUCAUCAAGCAUUUUCAUGCAAUAACCCUUUGCUAUCUAGGAUUUUGUUUAGAAUAUAAAAUAUGUUGUACUAUCUAUAAUUGUGCAUCUUCAGGAAUGGUAACAGAUGCACUUGGUUCCGUGUGCAGCAUCUUUUCCUGAAUUUUGUUAAAAUCAGGUUAAACGCUACGGAGUAAACACUGUAUUUAGGACAGUAUUUGUUGAGUCUUGUUGUACUGUUUUUUUUUUUAAUGAUUAUUAAUAUAUCACUUAAUGACUUAAUACUUCUAGCAAGAUGCAAAUGCUGAAAAUGACAAUAUGCAAAUAUUCUGUAUAAAUUCUAGCCCAAUAAAAUAAAGAAUGUGUAACAUUUACUUCAUUACUGACUGGCAGUCUAAUUUCUUUUAACAUACAGACAGUGAAUUAACCGCAACAAUGUGCAUUCCAUGUAGCUUUCCUGUAGCUCAGUGGUAAGAGCAUUGUGUUAACGACGCGAGGCCUUGGAUACGUUCCCAUGAGAUUGCACAUACUCGGAAACAAAUGUAUAGGAUAAUGUAAGUUGCUUUGGAUAAAAGCGUCUGCUGAAUGCAUACAUUUAAUGUAACUUUAAAUCAUAUUAUUGAAAGAAAUAUAGGAACAAUUUAAGCACAUUUUUAUGAUGAUCUGAAGACAUGUUGGGGACCUAAGCUUUACCCUGCCCCUGACGAAUACUAU